UUUUACGACAGCACAAAGAGUAGCAACAGGGCGUGGCCUUUGGCUGACGAAGGGGAAGGACAGCGGAGUAGCGAAGAUGGCGAAGCAAGGAGCGAAGUGGCGAAGCAAAUGUCAACACACACACAGCAUUCCAUUCAGCCAAACCAAAACACCCAACGCACCGCAGCAGCAGCUUUGCUUCUUCUUGUUGGCAUGGCUGGUCUGUAUCCGCUGUUGCUCCUUGCUUGCUUGCUGCACUUGUUGGCUGCUUGGUUGCUGUUGAUGUGAAGUUGACGUUGGGGGUUUGCCAAGCAAGUUUGUCAGAGUGGUCAGUCAGCGAGACGCACGCAAAGGAAGAGAGCAAAAAAGGGAAGGGAGGAAGCAAGCAAGAAAGAAGAAGAGGCGGGAGGUGCACAGCGACGACGGCGACGACGACGACUCACCGCGCCAAGCAAGCUAUCACAGGACGGCACGUUCAAUUCCAACGCACCCACAACAAGCACAGCAAAUAGCAGGAAACACGUCAGCCCGCACACACCAGCGACGACGUCUCUUCUUGCGAGGUGGCACCAAGCACAAAGCACAGGACGCAACAAGCAGUCGCAGGCCACAAAAGCGGUCGGAGCGCGUAGUAGGUGCAGGAUAACCAAUGAACAUGGAUGGAACUCAGGGGGCGCAGAUGGUCAUUGUUCUUGACCAAGGUGCGACCUUAUGCACCACCUCCAGCACGGACAAGCUUCCACACGACGACACCAACAGCAGCAGCAGCAACAACAGCCUUGAUCGACAGCAACAGCAGCAGCAGCAGCAGCAGGGCGUGGGUGGUUCGCAAGACAACAACCCUCCAUAUCGCACUCCAAGCUACAAGUCUGCCACUGCAAACGUCAGCAAGCACAGCAACGAGGCAAGCACAACAAACACAGCACAAUACCACCACCAACAGCAGCAGGAGCAGCAGGAGCAGCAGCAGCAGAGCGGUUCGGUGUCAACAAGAGUGACGGGUGCGGCCAACUUGCAGCUGCCAGUGACAUCAAAGACCAGGGGAGACACGAGCGGAGCCUCAUUCCGGUCCACAACGGCGCUGACAGACACAGAGGGCAUCUAUCACUUUGACACGUCGCCAACCACCCCAUACGACAACAACAACAACGACGACGACAACGACAACGUGCACAACAAACAGCGUGGCGUUGGCAGCAUUGCCGCCGUUGGUGGUGAACGUCGACUAAGCACAGUUGCAGUUGUGGAGAACGAGGCGUACGGUGGCAACGGUAAGCGCGAACGGCCGACAACAGCCCCCGCGCGUGCAGUCAGAUACGCGCGCACACGCGCGAGAACGGCAAGUGGAGGUGACAACGAGGAGGAGGAGGACGAGGACGACGACGGGUUGCUGGGGGCGAGUGGCGAGAGCGAAGAGCUGUGUGUAACGGGCGACGGAAACACACCAGAGCCAAUGCAGCUGCCGCGUCGACUCUCAGAGGCAUUCAACUCGGAGCUGUCGACCGACUUUCUCAUCUACCUCAACCUGCAGACAAGCAAGAUCAGGAAGCGCGCGAGCUCCAAACGGCGCAGCAAGAAGAGGGCAUCGAGUCGACGCCGACGCCGACGCAGCAGCGCCGUCCACGCGGCCGAAUUCGCGCUCAUCGACAUCCAGUCCCGCGAGGGGAGCCAGGCAUCCUUCCGCAUCCCACGGUCAUCGGCCGGCACACGUGACGCGGUUGCACACACGCACGCACGUGACAACGACGACAACGACGAAGAGCAGCAACUACAGGCCCACGCCACUGCUGCUGCGCCCAGCGCGGACAUGCUCGCCACGUGCAACGACACGCAACGACCUGCAGACGCAGAGCGUGUGCCAUCUGACACGGAGAUGCAUUUGCGAGCGCUGAGCACGAUGAAGAGCAGAGAGGCGGCGUGUCGGGAAACGGUCAUUCUCGGCGCUGACGAAUUCCUGCACUCGGAAUCCCUCAACGAUGACUACUCCUCUCUCAAGACAGAGCUCGUCACACUGCGCCGACAGCUCGCUGAGCAGUGCGAGGUCAAUUUUCGACUGCAGAGGAACUUGCACACCCUCGACGACAACAUCGGACUCCUCAUCCACCACCGCAUCACCGUGGAGGACAUUGAUGUCAAGUUGUUCAACUACACAUUCACGCUGCACAAAGGCAAAGUGAUCACGCCGAAGCAGACGCGCGUGUACGGGCAGCUGUUCAAGAUCUUGCAAGAGAAUCCCUCAUAUGUCGCCCAGCUUGCACACAAGCUCAGCAUCUCGGAGAUUGACGACUUCCUGCAAACAGUGAUGUUUUCACUCUUUGGGACCUAUGAACCGCGGGAAGAGCAUCUGCUGCUGAAGAUGUUCGAGCACGCUCUCCAGCUGGAGUACAGCAACGCAAAGGACCCUGGAUCCGUGAUGCGCUCCAACACUGCCAUUUCGCGGAUGAUGACGACAUACACGCGCCGCGGUCUUGGCCAGCAGUACCUCAAGGACGCCCUCAAGGCACAGGUUGAUCUGGUGUACAACCUCGACGAUGUGCCGCUUGAGACAGAUCCGGCGAAAGUUUAUCGCGAGCUGGAGGGCGACAGCGUCGACCUUCCCCCCAUGCCGGCUUCAUCGGAGGAGACGUUCAACAUCCCGCAGGUGAAGGAGGCGGUUGAAGAGCGAGCCGAGAUGCUGCAAGAGCUGACAGACAGAUUCAUCAAAGCCAUCGCCAGGAGCGUCAACACCAUUCCGUAUGGAGUGCGGUGGCUGUGCAAGACCAUCCGCAACCUGUGCAGGUCCCGGUUCGAGGGCGUCAACAGAGACGUCAUCUAUUCGCACGUCGGCGGUUUCUUCCUCCUCAGAUACAUCAACCCGGCCAUCGUCUCCCCAGAGGCGUUUGGCAUUGUGCAUCGCAAGCCAAGCUCGUACACGCGGAAAACACUGACGCAGAUUGCAAAGCUGUUGCAGAAUAUUGCAAACAACACUGCAAACCGAACGGUACUGAUGACGAUCCUGAGACCAUAUGUGCAGCAGCAGCGCGCACAACUCAACGCCCUCUUCGACGACAUCUGCGACGUUGAUGACUUCUACGACGAGCACAAGUUGGAGAUGAUCGAUGCGCUGACGUCCAUGGAUCGAACACUCUCCAUCACGCCCAACGAACUCUCAUCCGUUCACAAGCUCCUUGUGAAGUAUGUUGGGCAGCUGGAUUUGGAGGCUGCCGAUCCGCUCGCGUGCAUUAUGCAAGAACUGCCACCGCCACCGGACAGAAUUUCCCGCGAUGACAACGCAGUCUUUCAGCUCAAACUUGAGAGCCGGUUUGAGCCCGUUGUGCGGCGCGGCAGCAAGCUCUCCCUCGAGGCACACGAGGUCAGCCCUGAAGUCCUCAUUCGCAUGAAGGAGGAAAUUGCCAGGACGAAGAAGGCCAUGCUCAGCAUGAAGGACAAUUUCAUCCGCCUCACGGAUCGUCUCGAGUCGUACCAGCAAUAUCUCGACAACGUCCGGGGACAGAGCGUGAGUGGUAGUACGCUUCAGACCGAGUUUGCGAGUGUGGGAUACACCGAGAGCCACUCUCGUCGUAGGCGCCACAGAUACCACACGCCAAAGGUGGGCAAUCAGGGGAGGGAGUACGAAAAAAAGACAUCGCAGGGCCGCCCCGCACCCUGUCUAUGUACAGUGGAGCGAAAAGAUAGGAGCCCCUAG